AUGCUCGAGUCGGCCGGUUUCUCGCUGAAGAAGUGGGCUUCGAACGUUCCGGAAGCAUUAGCCGAUGUUUCACCUGAAGACCGUGCUAUCAAGCCCGUCCACGAACUUCAAGACGAUCAAUCCGUAACGACCCUUGGAUUGGUAUGGGAUACGAAGAACGAUAUCCUUAGAUUCAACGUUGACCUUCCGCUACCAGCGUCUAUUCUCACGAAGAGAAAGGUGAUAUCAUACAUCGCUAAGAUUUUUGAUCCGUUAGGCCUCGUUGGUCCCGUAAUAGCCACAGCGAAGAUAUUUAUGCAGCGCUUGUGGAAACUCAAGAACGAAGAUAACGCUCCCUAUGAGUGGGAUCGUCCGUUGCCUGAAAGGCUGCAAAAGGAAUGGAAGCAGUUCCAUGCUACGCUUUCCAUUCUGGCCGAAAUUAAGAUUCCACGCUUUGUAUCUUCUCCUGGCGUUUCUGUGGUACAGCUGCAUUUUUUCUCUGAUGCUUCGGACGUCGCCUACGGAGCUUGCUGUUAUGUCCGCACACUGGAUACCGAUCACGUCAGGGUUAGUCUUUUAACAUCAAAAUCAAGGGUUGCUCCUCUCGCCACGAAGCACACUACAGCACGACUUGAGCUUUGUGCUGCCGUAUUGUCCACCAAGUUGUAUCGGAAAGUUGAACAAUCGAUCAAAACGCCUAGUCACGUCUUCUUCUGGACAGACUCAACCACGGUGAUUCAAUGGUUACAAUCUCCACCAAGCCGGUGGAAAACAUUCGUUGCGAAUCGUGUCUCCACCAUAGAAUCUGCCACCGAAAUUUCCCUUUGGAGGCACGUUCCAGGAAAUGAAAACCCGGCUGAUGAACUUUCCCGUGGCAUGCUGCCUACGGACCUCAGCAAUCAGGCCAGAUGGUGGAGCGGUCCUCCAUGGUUAUCAGAAUUUCCCAGCCGUUGGCCUUCACCUGGUCUAGAUGUACCCCAAACAGAAUUCACCACGCAAGAAGCCCGUACGGUUACACUCACCACAUUCAUUGCUCCCAAUGAUCAAUUAGCAGAUCAAUUGUUUGCACGUUUUUCAAGCUACACCAAACUCCGUCGUGUUGUAGCGUAUUGCUUGAAGUACAUCGAUGAUGCCCUGCGUGCAAAAAUACAAGGAAUAACAAAAACGACCACCAACGUGCUCCUGACGACUGAUCUAGAAGCCGCUGAUUGUACACUUGCUCGCCUUGCCCAGGCACAGCUCUACUCGGAAGAGUUAUCAUCCAACGACCAAACCAUAAAAUCGUCCCCACUCAAGUUUUUGAAGCCUCGCCUCGAUGAUAAUGGAAUCCUCCGUGUAGGCGGACGCCUUUCGAAUGCUGAGAUUCCGGAGAACAUAAAGCAUCCAGUCAUCUUAUCUGCAAAGCAUCCACUGUCACUAUUACUCGCCGAACAUUACCACAAGGUUUUAUUACAUGCCGGGCCACAACUAAUGAUGGCUACAAUGCGCCAGAAGUACUGGGUAAUCGACCCUGAUGGCCUGGAUGUACUGACACCUGGCCAUUUUUUGGUCGGCUCCAAUUUGCAAACUGUUCCGGAGCCAAGCUACAUCAACACUCCAGACAACCGUCUUGACCACUGGAAGCUCACUCAAAAGUUGUUCCAAAACAUUUGGGCUCGGUGGUAUCCGGAGUACCUUGCUCAACUUCAGUCACGAGCAACAAAGUGUUGCAAGUCACCGGUCCUGGUCCAGUUAAAUCAAAUCGUCAUCGUCAAGAAUGAGAACGCACCUCCUAUGCAAUGGCCGCUCGGGAGAAUAACAAAACUUCAUCCAGGGAAGGAUGGAAUCGUUCGCGUUGUCACGCUAAAGACCGCUGAGGCUGAUACCGUCGUGAGGCCAGUUGCGAAGAUCGCAAUUCUGCCCAUUGCAAACCACGAAGGUAGCAGUAGUUCCUGA